CUGACUUGUUUUAUCAUAAAAGCGUAUCUGAUUUUGAUUUGUUGAGUUGAGUUUACUUUAUUGUGAGUUGCCGUGGUUACGGUUUGAUUCCGGAAGUGUCUGCACAACUCAAACAUGGCUGUGCAAAGCUGGAUCGACAACCUAAAAUCCUCAAAGAAAACUGCUUUGAUUCACGAUGGGAAAAGGAAGAUCCACUACCUCUUUGGAGAUGGAAAAGAAAUGGCAGAAGAGUAUGACUUGAGGACAGAUGAACUUAUUGUGCGUAAGUGGCGUCACAAAAACACCCUUGGAGCGCAAGGUCAAUGGCAGGUAGAAGUUGGGGAGCCGCUUGUUGGUCCUGUUGCCUCUUUGGAUGCUGAGAUGCUCAAAGAGAACUGCUCCAAUCCUGUGUUUAUGCGUAAAGAUACAAAGACCAGUUUUCAGUGGAGAAUCCGGAACCUUCCCCACCCCAAAGAUGUCUUUCAUGUUUCAGUACAAGCGCCCGAAAGAUGUAUUGUCAUAAAAACAUCCAACAAAAAGUAUUACAAGAAGUUUGGUAUUCCUGAUUUGGAUCGCAAUCAAGUUCCACUGGACAGCUCUGCCUUAAGCUUCACUCAUGCUAACAACACUUUAAUAGUCAGUUACAAGAAACCCAAAGAAAUUUUAACCCUCGAGCAGGAGCUGAUGAAGGAGCUGAAGAAGUUAAAGUCGACGAGCGAAGGUGACAUUGACUGCAAAACUCAGUGAAUUCUGAAGGAUGGAGUGAAUGCCACAUACUGGUCUUUUUUGUUUUGUUUUUUGUUUUUCUUUAGAUCAAGGUUUGUAUUGAAUUUAUGUUUGGUUAUGGUCUCCUGGUGCAUUUUGCAUCGAUACUUCAUUUGGUAAACGCAUUUUUUCUUAUGGUUUCCACCAGCUAUUUGAAAUUCAAACCACUGACAAGCCUCAACAAAUAAACAUUGACAUUUGUGGAAAGUUUA